AUGGCAGAGUAUGAUAAAGAAGAGAAUCCUUUUGCGGAUAUAGAUGAGUACAUCGAGGACACAAAUGCCAUUGUCCCUCCGCGAGUUGAGGCCGCUACCUUCAAGGUGGAACAUGGUUUGAUCCUAAUGCUUAAAGCAGAGGGGUUUUUUAGGAAUUCUACCGAUGAUGAUCCAACACAACAUCUUAGAAACUUCUUGGGUGUGUGUGCGAUGCACAAACAGAACAACGUGUCAGAUGAUGCCCUAAGAUUGAGGGUAUUCAAGUACUCACUAGAUGGAGAGGCAAGGAAAUGGAUCCAAAAUCUACCACCUCACUCCAUUCACUCUUGGCCUGAACUAGUUCGUGCUUUCCUAGCCAAAUGGUUCCCACAAAGAAAGAAAUCCGAACUCAGGGAUAAAAAUUUCUUCUUCAAGCAACUACCGGGAGAACACCUACAUAAGGCAUGGGAUCGGUUCAAGCUAUACCUAGUGAGGUUGCCUAAUCAUGGUUUUCCGGACAAAAUCUUGUUAGAAAAGUUUUACAUGGGUUUGGAUCCGUUGAACCAAUCCAUAGCAAUGAAUGUGACGGAUGGAUCAUUUAUGGACAAAACAUUCACAAGGAUCACACAAAUUCUCAACAAGAUGGCAGAACACAAUCAAGCUUGGCACUCGGAAGAUACCACUGGUGGAAUUGCAUACGGUACUCCCUCUUUGACCAACAUGAUAAAGGAUAACCAAGAGAGAGAUCAAGUAAUUGUCGGUCUUGCCACAAACAUGAAUGUGUUAACAAAGAUGUUCACUGAAAACCAAACUAAAAAGGUCAAUGUUGUGGAAGAUGUGCAACCCUUGUCAAACGAAGAUUGCGAGGAGGCAAACUAUGUCCAUAAUUCUCAAGGUGGUUAUCGCCAACAAAAUCAAUGGAGGCCUAACCCGCAAGGGCAAGGCCAUCAAUAA